GGCAGUUCGGUGUCAGUGAACAGCAGUGUGUUUGCUGCAGCAUUUGAAGUCCUCUUUCAGUGGAGUCGGGAGGGCCAGGUGGGGACCUGUUGCAAACAAGCGCCCAAUCGAUAAGUUUUUUCGAGGCAUCUUCUGAUAUCUCAGCUUGCUUGCCAGGGUCCCUGAUUGUAUACUUUGCGCAUUCUUAAAGAUUAGGAGCGUUGUUACAUCAGCUCCAAGCAGAUGGCCGGAAGCAGUGCAGCUUUGGGCACCAGUUCGACUUGCCUUAUGUCGUUUCAGCACAACACUUUAUCGAGUCCAAGUAAAAGCACAAGUACCGCACCAGUCUUUGCAUGCGGCCAUUGCUGGCGUACAUCAAGCAGCUUUACAGGACAGAGAGGGGCAUUACGGUGCUUACAAACACUUAGAAACACAGCAAUUCAGCAGUGGCGAAGCAGCCACAGAGACUCGUUAAGUCGCCACCAUCGACCCCCAAUUCUUGAACAUAAGCUGUCCUGCAGCUGCAGUCAAGCAGGUGAAGAUAGGCCAUCAGAAUCAAAGCAUGAUGAUGGCGAACACUUUGAAAGCGCAGGCGCCAAAUCGCUCAUUGAGGAGACCUCCACAGCAGAGGUUAUAGGAGUCGUGAUUGUGGAUCAUGGCUCGAGGAGAGCCGAGUCCAACAAUCUGCUCGAUGCCUUUGUCAGCCUCUACAAGGCCCACACAGGUCGGUCUCUCGUUGAACCGGCACAUAUGGAAAUUGCACAGCCGUCAAUAGCGGACGCGUUUGACAAAGUGGUGGAGCGAGGAGCGAAUGUCGUUGUUGUCAGCCCGUACUUCCUCUCCCCCGGGCGACACUGGUUUCAGGAUAUUCCAGAAUUGGCAGCGGAAGCAAGUGAGAAGCAUCCCGGAAUCAAAUACCUGGUUACCGCGCCAAUCGGCUUGCAUCCACUGAUGGCGGACAUCAUCGAGGACCGCAUUCAGCACUGCCUGCAACGCUCAGCUGGGAAAGCAGACGAAUGUGAUGUCUGUAUAGGAACUGGUCGCUGUAAAAUAGUCACUUCAUAAUGUAAAGUUUGUAUGUAAACAGCCACCCCCCCGAGCUCGAUCUGGCUCGUUGCUCCUCCACCAAUCACUUUUUCAUUUGACGGCGGGUCCGGGUCGACGCACCACGUUGAUUUGCAGUGUCCUUGCAUCACAAAUAUCUGAAAUUUUGGAAGACCAAAAAGUUCAUAUGGCAGACAUGAUCUCGGACAAUCUGCUCUCGAAUCGACGAGCCGG